ACCACACAGAAGCUCACUUGGGUGUAGUAGCAGUGAGAUACUUGUGUAAGCUCUGAGCAGCUGCUUCACUGAGUCUCCUCUCACUGGAAUGAGGGCGCUCGGCUUUUGCAUGGGCUCUCCAUACAAUAUCUGAGUGUACCCACAAAGCCAGCCAUGAUUAUCUACAGCACUACUGAAGUAUCACAGGGAAAACCAUGAAGGAGAUGAAUAUCUCACUAAACCGACUGCUACUCAGGGUCUCUGCCACCAUGCUGUUGGUCUCUUAUGCGAGUGGAAAUGAAUGUGAAUUCAACAUAAUGGUUGAAAAAAAUAAAAAUUAUCGGAAAGUUAUUGACCAAUCCCUUGCAGUGGAAUGUCCAGUCAAUCUCUGCAGUAUAGACUUACCUCUAGUGACUUGGUGCAAAAUCAAUGGAAACAGCUGCCAGCCUAUAACUGCAGGACCAAGAGUGAAUUUAACAUGGGCGAGUAAGAGAGAGAAUCAUGCUGUUCAUUCACUAACAUUCGUAUCUGCAGAACUGCACGACACUGGGUUCUAUCGCUGUAGUGCAACCAAUGAAAAAAAUCAAAUAGUUGGAUUUACAAUUACAGUAAAUAUUUCUGAAACCGAUGAGACUUUAAAAGACAAUUUUACAACAACCGUUAGUACAAUCCAAGGACCAAUCAAUAGAUCCCUGGAGCACAAUUAUAGGCGAGAAUGGCUCUAUCUAUUUGUAUGGCCAACCUUGGCCUCUCUCUGCCUUAUCAUCAUGGUCAGCUCUGUCCUCAUAUACUGCCUGAGGGGAAGGAAAGCAAAACACAGAAGACAAAGGCCCCCAACAGAUAAAAAGGUCAGAUUUGAAACAUCUCUUGAAAACCCUCAAGAUGAUCAAGAUCAGCCUCAAGUAGAUGAUAGAACCUACUACCCUCUAAAUAUAGUAACCUUGGAGAGAGUCACAGAAGCCACCAAUGAUAAUGGUCCAAUGCAUAACAAUGUGGCACCACUCUCUGAGCACUCCGAGGAGCAGGAUUCCAUUAUUUACGUUGACUUGAAUCAUGAUGUCAAUAGAGUAAAGGCAAAACAGCAAUAUGUGGAAGAUGGACUGAUUGAAUAUGCUACAGUGUGCAUGAGGACUUGAGUAGAGAAGAUUUGGUGUGAGGGACACAAGAACAAGAACCAUUACAAUUAGCGAGGCGGGGUUCUUUGAUUUAGUGCAAUGCUAGAAAUCUCCAAAAUCUGUAGUGUCACUGUGCCCAUUUAAAAAAAUUAUUGUCAUUGAGGCAUCCAUAUGUAAUUUACAUACAUGAUAGAGCCACAACUCCGUCCUCUUCAUCUCAUCUGCUAGUACAGCAUGUACUGGCCAACAUGGUUAAUCAACACAUGAAAUUCUCAAAGCUGCCCAACUGUUGUACCAACUGGUAUCCAUGGUACAUCAUUAUUAGUCAGGAUUGUUGGGCUAGAAUGCGUUAAAUUAAAAUAGUUUCAUACACUGUUAUUGGAUGUGUAGGGCCAGAUGUUCAUCAGGGCAUUUUCAGAAGAAGAAGAUGAGCAGUUACAUCUUUCUCUUUGUACAAAUCCAAAGUAACGUUAAGCUAAUAAUACAUUUUCUGGGUUUCAGGAUGAAUACAAGUUCUUAAAUAAAUCACUGUUAUAUAUUUGCCUCAAAUUCACAAAAUAAAUGUUUCUUGACUCCAAGAUGGGCGUCAUUAAGCUUUGGCAUUAGUACGAGUAUGGAACUUGUUAUCCAGAAUGCUUGGGACUUUGGGUUUUCAGGAUAAGGGAUCU